AUGGCGCCGGAAACACGGGCGAGCCGCCGGCGCGCCGAUGCGUCGACGCUUCGUCCGUCCGUCGAGGCCGCCUCCCAUCAUGUGAGUACUGCAUCUAGCGGCGACAACCUCAGUGAAAACCCCGAGCCCAAGAGCAUCAGCCAUAACGCCGACCGCAGCCCAAUACUGGAAGCGGAAACAGAAGCAACCGGAGUACGCGUAUACGUGAGUGGCAUAGAGAUGGCUAUACCCCAAACCUACGAUCCCGACACGUACCAUCCCGAUAGGCGAAUGCCAUGGACGCCCGAACCAGAGCCAUACAGUCCCGAAGCCUAUACGGCCUGGGGUCGCAAGCAUUUUGGUGAAGAGUGGUAUAGACUGCGGCAGACCAUGAUCGAGGAAAGGAACAUUUUCCGCGAGUACGAUCCGGUCUAUCAUCAACGACAAAGAACCCUUAGGAUAAUAGAGCAUAAGAUCGAACGCCGGCCGUUUGAACCUUCCAAUCGUGUAUGCGAUCCGGACUGGAAACGACUUUGGGCUCGGCUUUCCAAGGAAUGGGGCAUUGAAAUUGUCCGUUCCGCGACACCUGAAAAGAACAGUGACGAUAGCGAUACAGACCUCAGUGGUUACAGCACCUAUGAUGCUACCCCUGAAUAUCGCACUCCUAGUCCUUUCCCCGAUGAUCCAUGGGAAAUGCUCGAGUAUAAUCACAAACGUUUCUCUUGGAACGAGGAGGAGUACGAAUUUGAAAAGCUGUUUCUCAAGGAGAACCUCAUGGAUAGUACUAGGUGCCAACAUGAAAACGAGCCAGGUGACGAGCCUGCCCGUAAGAAACGGGAGUUCAUGGAAAGCUUUCAAAACUCGGACCCUCUUCGCUACCGCAUUGAACAGGACCGCUUUCGGGCUCACGACUACCAAGGCGGAUGGACAACGGAGCAGAUCGAGGCCUUGUAUAAUGCCACCGUUUCCAUGCAUGAAUGGAUCAAGGAGAACCCUGCACCAGAUGAAAUGCGUCCAUACCGUUGUGGAAAAUUCGAAUCACCCACUCCAGAACAACAGGCUGCAAUAGGCACCUGGUGGGAUAAGAGUACAGCCGCAACCAUUGAGUACUACGGCGCGUGUCCGCGCACAGGCUGGGGUCCUUUUGGCUUCUCAAUAUACGACUUUUUAGUCGGCUUCACAAGCAUGGGCUACAAGGACAAGGAGGAGGAGGAAAUCUGGCGCCAGAACACCCAUGCUCGCUUGUGUAGCCGACAGCAAGAGGCUCUGGCAAGCACCAAAGGCGAUGCUCCGGCUACAGAAAAGCCAUUGAGCCAGCGGAGUCUAUCGCCUCGACAAACGGACAAGGUUCGACAUGAGACGCCUGGCGGUGGAAUUAACAAGGGUACUCCAACACAUGCGAAGGCCUCGGCAUUAAACCGAAGGCGUCGUCCUCCUACACUUGACACAGUGGGUAAGCUCGGAAACAGCGCAAGGACGGCAUCCCAUCGUCCAAAGAGGCAGCUCAAGAUAUAUAAGAAGGAGCGCUCAAGCCGAAGGCAGGCAGGCAAGGCACCUGAAUACGGCAUGCUAGGGGAAGGUGAAAUACCAUCUUUGCGAAAGACUUCCAACACACGUCCGACAAGUCGCUCAAGUCUCCGUGGUGGCAAAAAGUGGAAAGGGCAAGGAAAGCUGGGAGCGUAA